CCGCGUCUAACCCGGUGAGCUCCCAGAGCAAGCAGCUUCUCCUGACUGUCGACAAAAUGAACCCACUGGGUGAACCCGAGUUCAUGUCUGGCCAGCAGCUUGUAGCCGUGGGUGCUACACACCUCUUUACCAUCGGGGUCAAAGUGGACGGCGCCCUGACAACCACCUUCAGAUGGGAUUUUGGCGAUGGCAGCAGUCCUGUUACUCAGACUCUUCCCGCUCCAUGUGACACUAUGGAGGCAGAAAAUGGAGGGACACAAAUGUUCGUGGAGCAUUCUGUCAACAUGACCUACACAUCACCUGGGAACUAUCAUCUUCAAGUGGGAGUUUCCAACCAGUUUGAACAAAUGGACAAAUCUAUCAAGAUAAGCGUCCGUCAUGUGUUAAAACGUCUCUUCGUCAAUUCCUCCGCUCUGGUGGCCGUUGUUCAUCAAGCGUAUCCUCUGGAAGCCUUCACUGAUCCUGCCACUGACGGCGUCAUCUACACUUGGAAUUUCGGGGAUGAAUCCAAAGCCGUCCAAGGUGCGGAGCAAAAAGUUGAACGCGCCUUUACGUCGGUGGGAGAUUACAACGUCACAUUGUGUGCCGACAACACUCUUUCUAUACUUCGCACUUGGCUGCUGGUGCAAGUUGUGGAGAAAAUGAGCGGACUGAGUGUCAGUUGCAAUGGACUCCAACCCGUCAACAAUCUCUCUUUGGCGUGCCGCUUCCAAAGUGUCACUGUCAAUACGUCAGCAUCAUUUUGGGCGGCGAGUGGCACUGGCAGCAACGUGUCUGUGAUUUGGGAUUUUGGCGAUGGCUCCCCGGUAGAGCCCAAAGAAAAGGUGUCGCACGUUUUUACCCAAGUUGGUGAAUUCACAGCCACCGCAUUUAACGCAAUAAGUCGAGAAUCUGUCAGCGUCAAGGUGAACGUCUCCGAUCCCGUUUCCGACUUUAGCCUUCAAAGCGAGCAGCCGUUCGCUGUUGUCGGAGAAGAAACCAAAUUCACGGCAGUUAGCAGCGAGGACUUGAACGCCACCUACUAUUGGACAGUGGAUGGUUUGCUUCCAACACAAAAGGGAAGUCGCCAGUUGAUCUUCAUUUUUCCAAAAGCGGGACAGUAUCAAGUCCGAAGUACAGCCCGCCACUUGGAGAGCAGAAGAGAAGCUUUGAUUUUAGUGGAAGUCUUUGAGCCAAUGGAGGCGCUUCGCAUUGAUUCUCCCAGCUUGAUCAAUAGGACCUACUUGCCCACCCGUGAAGACGUGGUGUUUGUGGCAUCCAUGGCGAAAGGCUCCAACGUGACGUAUGAGUGGCUUGUCGCGCCAAAUAACAUCAAACAUCAGGUUGAGGCAGAUGGAGAACGUUUGCACUUUGGAGUUGAGUCUCCUGCUGGUUUUACAAUUCGAGUCAAUGCUUCAAACAAGUUGGGUGAACGCACGAGCCUUGUUUCCGUUGUGGCUUUGGAACGUGUGAGUGGUGCACAAAUAACCACGCCGAGGCAAAUCCUGCCAGCGGGGAAGUCUUGCAAUCUUUCCGUCUCGGUCCUGACUGGUUCUGACUUGAACUACAUCUGGCACGUGGAUAGCAAUCUGGUCCAAACAGAUGCCCCUUUUAUUCUUCACAACUUCACAAAGUCUGGGAAUUUUCUCGUUCAAGUUGUUGUCCACAACGCCAUCAGCCAAAGUGAUGACAAUAAAAAUGUGAGCGUCCAAGAGGAAGUAGAAGAGGCGGAUUUUACAAUCGCUGGCAAGAUGUUUCCGUUUGAUAUGAGCACCAAUACUCUUGUGUCAUUCCAAGGCUUUGUCCGCAAAGGCAGUGAUCUCCACUGGGAGUGGAAAAUGAGUGAUGCCGCCAAGCUAUUUUGCCAAAGUCACCACGCCCUUGCCUACACUUUUCCCCUUGAAGGGAUUUACAGCGUGUCUUUGAAUGUCUCCAAUGCAAUUACGUGGCAGGAAGUCACACACGACGUGGUCAUCCAGGAUCCAAUCGAAGGCCUCGCUCUAAACAUGAGCAAAGAUUGGCUCUGUACUGAGGAGGAAGUUACCUUCGUGCCAACAAUCACCAAAGGAACCAAUGCCACUUUUGUUUUGAUGUUUGAAACUCAAGGCCGGAUGCAUAGUCAGGAUGUGCUUGAGGGAUCGUUUAGCACGUCCAAGCUUCCAGCGGGACUGCACAAAGUUCAACUGAAAGCUUGGAAUCAGGUGAGCAGUGCACAGAUGUCAACCCAAGUUCAGAUCUUGGAGAAGAUCCAAGGCAUCCGAUUGUUGAGCCCUAGCCAUCAUGCCGUCGAAGCUCUGAAGGAGAUUCGUUUUGAGGUGGAUGAGCAAAAUGAGUUUGCAGUCAACUACACUUGGAUUUUUCACUUUGAGGAUGCUCAACCUUUGUGGCUGAAAGGGAAGGAAGUCAUCUUCACUCCACCCACAAACGGUUCCUUGUCGUUGACCGCGCUAGCAAACAACGGCGUCUGCUCCGAGAUGCUAAACAAGACUCUGACGGUGGAAUGGCCCGUUCAGGAGGUCCAGCUCAUCUGUCAGUCAGAAGCCAUAUUUGCUGGACAUGCUGCGUUCUUUUCCGCUACGACUAUUGAAUUGAGCAACUUGAAAUAUGUGUGGACAUUUGGAAACUCCCUCAAGAAAUGGCCUACGCACGUCACUUGGGUUAAUCAUACGUUUGGUAGGGCCGGCGAAUACCUGGUUACGGUCAACGUGUCCAACCAUGUCAGCCACACGUCCGCGCAACUACGCGUGGACGUGUUGGAGUUGGAGUGCGCCGAGCCGCAAGCCUCACUCAUCCAGAGCCAGCCGACUAUCUUCCGAUCUCGGGCCAAUUUCUUUGAAGCGCGCGUGGAUCUGAACUGCUCUGCCUACGAGACGACGUAUCGGUGGGAGAUGUUCCGAGCGCUGGAUUGUACCCACGAGAGCGGGAACGGAGUCCUUCUCAAUGGAACGACAUCACCUUUUCUCCAUCUACCAAAGAACUCUCUGGAUGUGGGACGCUACUGCCUUUGGUUUAGCGUUUCGCUCCAAGGGACACCCCUGUGGGUGCGACGAAAAACCAAAGUUACGGUGGUCUGCUCCCCGUUGGUGGCUGUCAUCAAGGGAGGCUCGCAUAGACUGUGGCCAAGCACCCGUGACCUGGUUCUGGACGGAAGGGGGUCACGAGAUCCUGAUGCGAAGCAAGGCGAGGAUGCGCUACGGUAUCAAUGGACCUUCACGAUAAAGAAUUCCACCAUCCCCAUUGAGAGCAACAGCAGUAUUGUGACCAUAGCCAGCAAACAGUUACAUCCAGACACCCUUUAUACUUUCACCCUCACCGUAACUAAGGCGGGAAGGACACCCGUAUCCUUCACGCAGACAGUAAGUGUGUGCGAAGCAGCCCAACUUCCCGUAUUUGUGGAGUGUGUUUCCUGUCCAGGCCACGCCCCCCUCAUCCUGUCCGGGCAUUGUGGAGAGUGCGAUGAGCGAGCUCAGCACACUUGGAGCGCCCAGGAUGCCGAGUCAGGCGCGACACUCGACCUGCUCCAGGCCGCCAUCUCUACAGGAAGACGCUCCACAUCCAGAUUGGUGUUGCGUUCGCAUGCUCUUCUUCCGGGGAACAUUUAUACCUUCACUCUUAAUGUGAGUGUGGCUGGAAGGUGGGGCAGUGCCAGUCAGACGCUUGUACUCAAUCAAGCCCCUUCUGGGGGUUUGUGCCAACUGGAGCCCGAGUCCCACAUCCAUCCGCUGGGGACGGUGGUUCACUUCAACUGCUCGGGAUGGCGGGAUGAAGGCAACACAUCCUCUGAGCUCAUCUAUACCUUCCAGGUUGCACCGUGCCAUCCCGUCAUGUGCCCUCUUCUAACUCUUUACCGGGGCACUCGAGCCACUUUUGGCAGCCUGGUUCCAGCGGGGAGUCCCGUGCGAGGACAAAACAAGUCACUGAUCACAGUUACUUUGCUCAUCGAAGACAAUUUGGGCUCAAGUGUCGUUGCUCUUAACAGAACUCUGAGUGUCCAGUCUCAUGUCAACACCAGCGAGUGGCUCGGAACAAAGAGCCAGAAAGAUAUGUGGGCCUUAGUCCAACAUGGCAACCCUCAGGAAAUCAUCCCAUAUUCCAUUGCGCUCACCAGUCAGCUCAACCAGAUGGAGUCGGGACCAAAUACCAGAGAGCUCCCAAUGAAGAAGGAGAUAAGAGAAAAUGUUACCAAAGCUUUGGUCUCCCUUCCCAUUUCCUCCAUGAUGGAUGUUGAUCAAAUCAGCUCAGCUCUAGCCCAGUCCACUGCUUUUCCUGAUGAGUUCACCUGUGCAAAGUGUCAGGAGAAGGUUCUGGAAGCUGCUGAGAAGAUGAUUCGUAUACUGGAGGAUCACAAACGUUCUGGUGGUGGCCGAGUUUCAGCAUUUGACACAGGGAAGAACAUCCUUAGCGUUGUAGGUAGCUCUCUGGCUUCUUCCUCAGCCUCAGCCUCCCAACACGACGACUCCACAACUCAGCAGUUCCUCUCGGCACUUAGCCAAGCAGGAGCCUUAAUGCGCUCCCUGAUGCGCUCCCCCGAUCCUUGGGAGAUGCCCCUUUCGUUGGUCACACCUUAUAUCAGUACAACCGGUUUCUACGGCGACCCCGCCGAGCUUCUCUGCUCCGUGCGGUCCAAGCAACCUUCCACGGUUCCUUCAACUCCGCCGCCAUGCCCGUUUCAAAUUCCAACCUCACUCAGCACUCGCCUUAAGAGUCAACGUUCAGAGCUGGUGCAGGUGCUUUUAGCUCUGGAUGGAUCUCAUUCUCUGCUAGCUGCAGCUGACCCUCCAAUUUCCACCACUCUGGUCGCCAUGGAGAUCAGCACCCCUCAGGGCGAGCCGCUAGCCAUCCAGGAUCUGGAGCCGGAGCAGGCGAUUCGAGUCACCCUGCGUAGCAAUGGCAGGCUACCCGCCGAGAUGAGACGUUCGGACGAGAGCGCGGACGGACACGCUAACGGUACAUGUCCGACCGUUACGCUUCCGCUCGAGGGACGUCUGAACUUUACAAUACAAAGUGUGGCUGGCCUGGAUGAAAAUGCAGGUUUAUACAUCUCCUUCAACUUCAGCCUGUUAGCAGGAGUUACUCCUCCCGAGACUGUGGGCCGUGUUCAAAUGGAAAUAACAAAUGGAUUUCAGGAUUCCUUCACUAAAGAGUGGCUUAUCAAUCAUUCGGCUUUGAAUACCUUCACUGAGAAAACGGUAUUUCUUUCGCCGCUUUUCAAUGACACAGCAAAGACUCUGUGUGUCAGUCUGAGCUCAUUUGUGGAAGGCGCUCCCGUUGCAGUGUCAUUAUGUGUGUUCAGCUCUCUGUGCCAGUACUUCAGCCUCAAGGAGAUGACUUGGAGUAGUGAGGGUCUCAAGUCACUGGAGGGCACCACACUCCAAACGGUGCAUUGCCUGACGCACCACCUUACCAUGUUUGGGGCCUCUUUGUUUCUUCAUCCCGGGGCCGUUGUGCUACUGCCGCCUGCAACUGGUCCCAGCCUUAAUGCGGUGGUGGGGAUUGUAUGUGUUGCUCUGCUCCUGCUUCACCUGCUGGUGGGACUCAUUGGCCAUAAAAUGGACCACCUGGACAGCCUGAGAGUGAGCCAAGUGCCCCUGUGCGGUCCAGCCGGACUCUAUCAAUACAGAGUGCUGGUCAAGACGGGCUGGAGGCAUGGAGCAGGCACCACGGCGCACGUCGCCAUCAGUUUGUACGGCGUCAACAAGAGCGGCUCUCGUCAUCUGCAAAGGCCUGGCGCUUUUCAACGUGGCAGCCUGGACCACUUUCACUUGGAAACGGACGUCAGCUUAGGGGAACUUUGGAAAAUUCGGAUCUGGCAUGACAACACAGGCUCGGAUCCAUCCUGGUAUGUUCAACACGUGGUUGUCUGGGACCCCGUAACAGACCACAUGUUCUUCUUCUUAGUCGAUGACUGGCUCUCUGUGGAAAAUCCAAAGAAUGGGACAGUGGAGAAAGAAAUCCUGGCCUCAUGUCCUGAAGAGCUUUCCCAAUUUGGGCGAAUCCUGUGCUCGCAGUUGCUUUUUGGAAUGGUGGAGCGCCACCUGUGGCUGUCGCUAUGGCAACGCCCCAUCCAUAGUCUUUUUACUCGAGCGCAGAGAGUUACCUGCAGCGCUCUGAUGCUGCAUCUCUAUCUGGCAUCGGGCGCGCUGUGGUACGGGGCUGUGGCUUCCCAGGGGCGCAGUGGGCCAGUGUCAGCCAAACUGCCGGUCACUAUGGAAACGCUUGCUGUGGGAAUGGUGGUUGCACUUGUGCUGUUUCCGCUCCAGUGUUUCAUCUGCUUUUUGUUUGGAAAAAGCCACAAUCAGGUAAUCGUGGACACGUCACUUCCUUCUUCACCGGUUUGUUACUCCGUGGAGAUGGACGUCUACCUGGGCCAAUCGGAACUUUCCGGGCCAUCUUUCUUAUCCUUAUUUGGAGCCUCCAGCCGACUUGGAGAUAGUCCCUCAUCCUUAUUGGAGAGCAAAGCUUUUGACUCUAGCAUGGUGGACUUCUGGGCCGCCUCUGGUUUGGCGCCCCAGACCAAUGAGGACGACACGUGCCAGGAGGAGACUGCGGCGGCUUCCUGGGCUUCGUGCGACAGUCUGCUCACAGAGCCCGAGGAUUUGGACCAAUGUGAGGCCUCGCUUGCUUUGUGCGCAACAGGCCAGCUGAGGAGGAAAAAAGCUCCCAUGCAGCUCCACCUGACCCCCGCUGGCCAAAAGGAUCAAGAAAGUGCGAAGCACAAGCCCAAUAUGAAAACCUGUUUGACUCUGUCUGAGGAGAAUCUCCUGAUGUCAAUAGAAGAAGCAGCAGCAACAGACGACACUUUGCGUUUGGCCAAAAACAACUCCGACAGCGGUCGGGACUCGCCUACGACAAACUCGUCAUUCUCAAACACCCAGAGCACCUCCUGCAGCAGUUGGUCAGAUAACUCGGAUGAUAAAUACCUCCAUGAGGCAGAGCGCCUUCAAUUGGAGGCACAUUCAGCUCCUUCCCAAUGCCAGACACAACUCUUCAGAUGUCCAUCUGUACUUUCCGUGGACUCGGUGGCCAGCACCUUCCUGCCGAGUCCUUCUCCCGACUUGACGAGCUGUUCCUCCACCACACGCAUUGGCAUCGCUCGAGGUCGGCCCGGCUGGCUUUUUCCUCCCUGGAUGUUUUGCGUGAUCUACCCUCUGGUGGCCACGUUGAUGGGAGCAUGUCUUGCUCUUGUCGCAAUCUACGGCCGCUUCUUCUCCAGAACAGUCGUCCUCAUGUGGCUCAUCUCCACACUGUCCGCCUUUCUCACUUCCCUUCUCCUGCUGGAACCUCUCAAGGUGUGCCUUCAAGCCUUGAUCUACACUGUCGUUUGGCGGCCCGUGGAUCCGGAAGUGGAGGACCAACUAGGCCUGGGGACCACCACCACGAGAGCAUUUGGAGAACACGGCGGGAAGGUUCGACCUCCGUGCGGCUACGGACUGCUGCGGGCUAAAGAGGAAGCUCGGAAAGUCCGUGCACUCGGCUCGCUUAUGAGGCAUUGCGUGUCACAGCUGCUCUUUCUGUUGCUGGUGCUCAUGGUGAACUACCAGGACAGUGUGGAAAAAAGCCAAGGAAGGCUUUUGCACUCUGCUGUCCGACGCCAGCUUCACACUGCUCCCUUGGUGGGCCCGAGCUUAACAUCCAUCCGAAACUGCUUGGAUGCCGAGCGAUGGAUGAACGGCACCUUGGUGACCUACCUGCACCGAAACGCUCUACUCCAUCUCGCGGGCUCACCGCGGCUCCUCUACGCACACUCAGGGGGUCGGGGGGAGGUCAUUCUGGGAAACUCUAGCAUGACGACACAUCAAGUCCUGGCCGACCUUCGUACGGGAGGCUUUUGCAUUCAUCGGUUCCAAACACUCUUUGUGGAUUCGACACAGUACCACAGAGAGUCUGGUUUAUUUCUCUGUCUCUCCAUCCGACUCGAUUGGACCCAACGGUUCACUUCAUUCCUCUCCAUCUACCCGCUCCUCAUUCCAUCACGGCACGACGGCUUGGACCUCCAUCUGGUCCUCAUGCUUUUCCUUUUGGCCUGUGCUCUGCUCAUAUUGAUUGGGGAAUUGCGCUCGAUGGCGAACGAGCGUGCGGGGUACGUGUGUGGAGGCAAACACUGGCUCCAGCUCCUGUCGGUUGCGUUGUCGUUGGCGGCGAGCGUGCUUCACCUCUCGUUUCGCUCCCAGGCCACUUCCUGUGUUUCCCAGCUGAAAUCCCAAGCUGACCGAUUCAUCAACUUCCACGGCUGUGCUGAACUGACUCAAAGGUCUUCUCAAUGUGCCGCUGUGUUACUCACUUUACUGGUCCUAAAGCUGUUGGGAACAUUACGAUUUGUACGCAGAUGGGUUGUGAUCAUCAGAGUGCUGAACAGAGCUCGGAAGGAGUUGUGGACCUUAAGUUUCCUCUCGCUGCUCCUGCUUUUGUUCAUGACUCAUCUCGGGAAUACGCUUUUCUCGCAGUCAGUGGAAGGCUUUUUGUCCACGCGUGAGAUUUUGCCCUCGCUGAUGUCCGUUGUGCGCGGCGGCCGCAUCGGUCUGCAAAGACUACGCAGGGUCCACCCUGUCCUCGGCCCUUUGUACGGAAUACUGCUGAUGGGGGCGAGUGUCUGGCUUUUGGCCAAACUCUUUGGGGCCGUCCUCAUCCGUGCCUACAGGGCUGAGAAAGCAGACAUUUAUCGUCCAACCACAGAACCUCAAGAUUAUGAGAUGGUGGACUUCUUCAUCAAGAGACUCAAGUUAUGGAUUGGACUCACCAAGGCGAAAGAAUUCAGGCACAGGGUGAAGUUCGACGGCAUGGACGUUCCUUCCAGAGCCUCCCAGGAAUCCCGCCUUUCCACUCUCUUUUCCUCCCUUCCAUCUUCUCAUUCACCGUCCACCAUUCCAUCUCCACGCCCUUUGUCUGUUCUAUCGGAGGACUCGACGCUUUCCGAACCGGGAUUUGACGUCCGGCCCUUCCUGGAGCACCUGCUGCCGUGCGUGAACGCGUUGCUUUCUCAAUUCGAUCGGCUCACUCAGAUAAGUGAGGAUUCCGAGCGCCUGGAGAUUGAACUUGAAGACAUUGUGUCCAGGCGAAAGAAAAGUCAAAUCAGUAACAAGGAAAAAUGUGAGGACAGAUUGCCCAAAUCAUCAAAUCAGGAGCCUGAUGGGAGAACUAGACGCAGGAGGACAGGUCUGCUUUACACCAAUCCGCCAAGAUCCAUUUCGCCAAUGUUCCCUUUCACUCCUUCCACAAUUCAGCGGCCCCCAGCGGCACCGGUCCACCUCUUCCCACGUACACGGAGCUCCUACUCAGAAUCCGGGUGGCUAUAUCCACUGUCGCAUAUGCCUCGUGACGCAACUGAAGCGGCGGCGACAGGAAGCUCCAGUUUGCAUCCCAUAAAUUCCUCUGGUUUUCCCAAGAGGAGAGCGUGGCACUCUGGAAGUUCACACUCGGCCGAUGCAGCUCAAAGACUGUGGCUAAAACAAGGUGGAGUUGCACCAUAUGGGAAUUCUGCCUUUCGCGCUUUCGUCAGACCAAAUAGCGAAGAGGGCGGGAGACGUAUUAGUGUAGGGGCGCCGAAAAAAAGGAAGGCUUGGAUCUCUGAGGGACCUUUGUAAACAUUUGUACUUUCAAAUGACCUGGGUCUUUCUUUGAACAUAUCUAAUGCCUUUAUAGUCCACCAUUUUCAAGAGGGUGGAGUGCAUUUCAUGUUUGGAGAAGUCAAACACGCUAAGAUUCCAUGGCGUUGCAUACAAAUUCAUGCUGAGAAAAGACGAGAGAUAACAGGGUCUCAAAUUAGUAGCUUAUAUUUUUGCGGGAAUUUUUUUCCCUUCUUCAGUAGCUUGCUUAACGCAUAUUUGCUCAUUUUUGCUAGCAUUCACUUAGUCAGACAAUAUUAAAAGAUGACAUGGAGCAAUACUGA